AUGGCGCCAGUACUCCCGCCAUCAACGCGCUCGACACUCGCCAAGUUAGCGCGCCGGACACUUGUCACAGCAGGGCCCGCACUGGCGCAGCCACAUCUGCACCGUUUUCAGCGUCGCGGAUUGACGGUAAAUCACACUCAAGCUGUGACGCUGGGGGUCAUCGGUGCGUAUGUCGUUGUUAUUGCUUUAUUAUGGAAUCUCCCGUAUGUAAGAUGGGUCUUGUGGCCAUUCAAGAUGCUCGUUAUUGCAUUCCAUGAGUUUGGCCAUGCGAUAACAGCAUGUUGUACGGGUGGACGGGUGGAGUCGAUAUCACUGGAUCCACACGAGGGAGGUGUAACGCAUAUGCGCGGUGGCAAGCAAUUCAUCACAUUACCGGCUGGCUACUUGGGCUCCUCGCUGAUUGGAGCAUUGCUCACCUUUUGCGGGUUCAACAUUGUCGCUUCAAAAGUUGCGAGCAUAGUGCUGGGCGUCUGCUUUUUGCUGACGCUUUGGUGGGCGAGAAAGGAUUGGUUGACGAUUGUGACGAUUUUACUUGCGGUGGGAUUAUUGGUUGCGUUUUGGUUUAUUGAGCAUGGAGAGGCGCUGCGGUUUAUGGUGUUAUUCAUUGGCGUCAUGUCUUCUCUCUACAGCGUUUGGGACAUCUGCGAUGAUUUGAUUCUUCGAAAAGUCAACUCCAGUGAUGCGAGUGUAUUUGCCAAACGGUACGGUGGCUCUUCGCAGUGCUGGGGUAUUCUUUGGUCGGUCAUCUCCUUGAUUUUGAUGGUCUGCGGUAUCCUAGCUGGGCUUGCAGCAUUUAAGCAAGACUUUGCACAACAAGAGAAGGAUAGCCAGGAAUUUAUCCCGACUGUUAAAAUGAUGAUGAUGAUAUAG